AUGGUGAAAACUCGUCGAACAAUAGUGAAAAAGAAUGCAGAUGCAUUCGAUCUUUGGGAGAAAGGUAAGUGCGAUGUUGUACUUGAUCAGUAAUGUUAUUUUUUGGGAGUGGGGCAGAAUGCGGAGGUUUUACCAAUUAAAAUUAGAUUUCUUACAAGAUAGAAGGAACCAUUUUAAUUGCAACAGUUUUAUUUCGGCGAACGUGUAAACGUUUAGGUCUUAUUAUUAUUUCGGGGAACGUUUAGGUACUUAUUCAUUACAUUUGCAGUUUUUAUUUGUAUUUUAUUAUCCAAUCUUCAGAUUUCACUCCGAAAGAAGCGAAGAAACACACCGAGGGAGUGAAUCAUUACUUGAAGGAGACAAGGAAGAUCAAUCACGUCAGGAAGACCAAGUAUGUGCCUAGUAUACUGCCUGCAGUUUCUGCUCCGUUCGCCGGCGCCUCAUAUAAUCCUUCAGUCGACAAUUACAUGGUUUGGACUUCUUAUUUUUCUAUUGUUUUUUAGGAAUACGCAAGGAAGAUUGCCAAUGAAGAGAAUUUGGAGAUAAAGAACGAAAAAUGGGUCAAGAACAAAUUAAAGUUGAGGAAUGGAGAUAGUGUGGCAACUGUGGUAAGGAGAAUCUUUUGGACUACACAGCUUUUCAUUUUAGAGAGAACAGAUCAAGGAAGAAGAGGGCGGCUUUUUGUCGAAUUCAGAUGAUGAAUUAACUGACGUUGAAAUCAAAGAAGAGCUAGACGAUGAAGAAAAGCCAGAAGUUGUAAAAAAACCAAAGAAUAAGCCAAAGUCGACAAAACAACGAAAGAAGGAGCUGGAAAGAAGACAAGAGGAGCUGGAGCGUCUUGAAGGGAAGAGAACGAAACAGAAUGAAGCGGAAUUACUUCGGUUGGUCAAGUUUUCAAAGAAUUUUAUUGAAUAUUAAGGUUUCUGACAACAUUAAUAUUAUUUUUGCAGAAUCAAGUCACUCAUUAAAGAGCUGAAGGAAAAAUUGAAGCAACAUCAAGAGGAUCUUGUGGAACGUAGAAGGAAACGCGUCCUAAACCGAUUAACAGCGAAAAAACAGCUCGGACAUGGGAAGUUUGAGGAUUUCAAAGAGCCGGUGUUGCUACCUGAGGAACUAAAUGGAUCGUUGAGGGGAUUGAAAUCUACUGGAACUAGUAUUUUGUCAGGUAAUUUGAUUUCUUUUUUUUUCUUGGUUUAGGUUCUACUCCAAUGAAGUCUGCUUUGAUCCGAAGAGAAUAACAUGGUGUUAUGUUUUAGAAAGACUUCGAUCCAUGGAGAAGCGAAAUCUUUUGGCCUGCAAAUCGGACAAGAAGCCAAAAGAAUUGAAGCAUUCGCUCAAGUUCAAGGUCACAAAUAAGCGAGAAACAACCGAAUUCCUCGAAGCAGAAAUGGCCAAACUUCCGAAGGUCCAGCCGUCAAAGCAUAAGAACAAGAAAAGAAGAAGAAAUCAAGAGAAGAAGGAGGAAUAA